GCGCUCUCGCUCUCGUCUCCCAUGGCGCUCCGCCUCUUCCUCUACUAAGCAGCAGAGCGGGAGAGAGAGAGCGAUUAAGAGUGGGAUGGUGUGAGCUAGCGGAUAAAGCAGAUUGGCGGCAGAAUGGAGGACGAGAUCCCGGGAGCAACGCGCAGGAGUGGCAACUCCUCGGCCAUCCGUUUCCUCGGCAUAUUGAAGCAGCCCGAUCCUGACUCAUGCGCCCUCGAGCUCGAGGAGAGCGACGUCGUCUGGUCCCGAGAUUUCUCCGACACCUCUGUUUACCGACCGUCGGGCGAGUCCUCCCCUACCUUCGAGAACGGCAACCAUAACUCUGGUUCAUCGCCGGCGUCGCUCUCGCCGGCCUCGUCUGGUGGUGGCCGGCGCGUUCAGGCCUUCAAGCAGGAGCGCUCCGGGCUAUCGGCGGCGCUCGUUGGGGAGAACCGGUCGUUCGUCCAGCGGAAGGCGGCGUUGGACCCGCUGCUGUCUGCGGCGCGGAACAUCCCGCCUCCGGUGCCCGUACCGAGGUCGGGAUCGGGCUCGGAUGAUUUCUCCGGAAGCGGUGGGGGAUCUUCCGGGAAGUAUCACCAGUCGGCCCCGGUGAACGUGCCGGUCUGGUCUAGGGCGAAUAAUCGCCCUGUUAAUCCGCCUAAUUUCGACGAGGACGAUGACGAGACUGACGAAGAAAUGCUGCCUCCACAUCUUUUGGUCGCACGGGCGUCGGCAAGGUCGCAUAUGACGACGUUCUCCGUGUUUGAAGGCGUGGGCCGGACCCUCAAGGGAAGGGAUCUCCGGCGGGUGAGGAAUGCUGUGUUCCAGAAGACAGGUUUUCUGGACUGAGUCCUUCCUCUUCUACAUUUUUCCGUUUCUUUUUUUUUUCCCUCCCUUCUUCCUACAGAAAAACCGAAAUUUUCUUAUUUGGCUCCUUUUCUUUUCCCCUUUCUUCACGAAUUCCUUCUAUGAGUUGUGGUUUCUUUUCUUGACUUUUCCCCCAUUUGUUGGAUUGGGGUUAAUGUCGAGCAAUAGACUGAGAUCGUUGGGCCAUAAUGAAACUAGGUGCCUGGUGGUGUAAUUUUGUUGGAACAAGGAUAUAGUGAACAGGAUCGCCAUUACCUUGCUGUUGGGUAUCUAAAAUGCGAUCAAGUAUUAGAAAUAAACAUGAUUUUUUUGUCC